AUGGCCGAACGCAGCUCUGGGAAUUCGAAGUUGCAUCACAGUAAAGAAGGAUCAGCAGAAGGCCAGUACAGCCCUCCAAGCUCCGCAGAACAGGACAAGGGCUCAGCCGAGUUUGCGCAGCAUGCUUCACCCAAUGCAGAAAAGAAGAAGGAUCCUCAAAUAUCUUCGGCACCGACUGCUGAAGGAUUAGUUGGUGAAGAGCUUACACCAUGUUCUGAGUCAGAAUGGCUAUCGAGCGAUGUGGCCGUUCCAGCCGAAUUAUUGAAUAUUAAAAAAGACGAGAAGCGCGUAACAGUGUUCGCAGCUCCGGUUGUGGAUGUUAUUGGUGAAUCAAAGCCGCAAAAGAGCAAAAUAGCAAAAAUGGAGCGAAAGGAGAUCGAAGAGAAAAUAUCUUUGGUAGCAAAAAUGGUCUCCGGUUUUGCAAUGCUGUUGACAAACGAAGCAACAGCAAAGGAAGGCGUGGAGAUUGCUGUGUCCGUACGAUUUCCACUUGAGAACAGCAGCAAGCCUUCAAACUGGCUACCUCUUUCAUACAUACGCCAUGGAGGACAUUCAGAGUCACGAUUCGUGUUAAAAAAACAAUGCGUCGUCGAGUAUGAUGUUGAUAUAAUGCUUGAUCCAACUAAGCAGAUUAGGCAUCCGACGCCUGUUACGACGAUUGUACCGAAAGGGUUAGCGAUGAUUGGUGCAGGUGUUGGCAUGGGACCAUCUCCCGUUUUGUACAACUCAGCUACUCCUGCUGGGCUCAGGUUCGCUGGUUUUGAGAAUGGCAAGCGACUUCGCCUAGUUCUAAUUCCACUUCCUGAAGGCAACAAAUUUGCGGUUAACUUCCGCACACCUUAUGACAUCGCAUUUCACUUCAAUCCUCGAUUUGACGAAGACUGUGUAGUCAGCAAUUCCACGCGAAACGGAGGCUGGUUAAAUGAGGAACGUACUAACAAUCCGUUCCAAGUGGGAAAAGUUUAUACAGUCGAGUUCGUCUCCAAUUAUGGACAGAUACAGGUCCUCCUCAAUGGGGUUCCCUUCACAACAUUCGCUGAACGCCUGCCUGGCCACGAUAUUAACUCCGUUGAAGUCGAAGGUGGCGUCCACGUUCAUUCCGCCCAUGUGUUCUAG